AUGGCGCAGCUGCUGUCACCGAGUCGUCUUGAUGAGCAGGAGCCGCUGCGGCGGGACGUGGUCUGCGACCUCCUCCGCGACGUGUCCAAGCAGGCAGCAGCGUCUGGCGCCCCGGUGAGCGUUGGGUGCGUCACCUUCGCUGCCAUGGUGAGGCUGCUGGGGCGGGCCAUGUUCUCCUCCGAGCUCGACGCGGCGACGUCCCAGGAGAUCCACGACAGCGUGCGGGAAGCCAUAGUGCUGUUCACGGCGCCCAACGUUUCCGACUUGUUCCCGGCGGUCGCCGCGGCCGACAUCCAGGGCUUACGGCGACGGAUGUCGAGACUGAUUGCGAGGUCGUAUCAGGUGAUGGACUGCCAGAUCGAGCAGCGGUUGCAUGAGCGUGGAGUCGGCGGUGCUCCUGAUCGUGCCAAUGACCUGCUAGACGUGAUGCUUGAUAUGUCUGAAAGUCAAGAGGUUGGCAGCGGAGUAACCGUCAACCGAGCUAUGAUGAGAGCAUUUUUUCACGGUACAGAAUGUUGGGAAGAGACAUAG